AAGAGCUGCACAGCACGCUGAGCCCUCAGUGGAGGCGAGCAUAGUCUUAGCAGAGCUGACUCCUCAAGAGCCAUGGCUGAAGGGGGCGAAGUGGAGGACGAGAUACAAUUCCUCCGCACCGAUGAUGAAGUUGUCCUUCAGUGUGUCGCCACCAUCCAUAAGGAGCAGAGGAAGUUCUGUUUGGCAGCUGAGGGACUUGGGAAUCGACUUUGCUUUCUGGAACCAACUUCAGAAGCCAAAUAUGUUCCUCCUGACCUUUGCAUAUGUAAUUUUGUGCUGGAGCAGUCCCUUUCUGUCAGGGCCCUUCAAGAAAUGCUGGCAAACACAACGGCAAAUGGCCAAGAAGGGGCAUCGCAAGGCGGUGGGCAUAGAACGUUACUGUAUGGCCAUGCAAUCUUACUGCGACAUUCAUUCAGUGGUAUGUACUUGACGUGUCUUACUACGUCCAGAUCCCUUACAGAUAAACUUGCUUUUGAUGUUGGGCUGCGAGAUACGGCAACAGGAGAGGCUUGUUGGUGGACAAUACAUCCUGCAUCCAAGCAAAGAUCGGAAGGAGAGAAAGUUCGUAUUGGGGAUGACCUGAUUUUAGUCAGUGUGUCUUCUGAAAGAUAUCUACAUCUAUCCAUAUCCAAUGGAAUGGGCAACAUCCAGGUGGAUGCCUCUUUCAUGCAGACCCUGUGGAACGUCCAUCCGACAUGCUCUGGGAGCAGUGUGGAAGAAGGAUAUCUUCUCGGUGGACAUGUGGUCCGGUUUUUCCAUGGCCAUGAUGAAUGUUUGACAAUCCCAUCUACUGACUCAGCAGAAGCUCAGCAUAGGAAAGUUAAUUAUGAGGCAGGAGGGGCAGGUGUCCGUGCCAGGUCAUUAUGGAGGGUGGAACCCCUAAGAAUAAGUUGGAGUGGAAGUCACAUCAGAUGGGGGCAGACAUUCCGCCUACGGCAUAUUACAACCGGGCAAUAUUUGGCACUGACAGAGGACCAAGGAUUAGUACUACAAGACCGAGCAAAGUCUGAUACCAAGUCUUCAGCAUUCUGUUUCAGAGCAUCGAAGGAAAAGUUAGACGCUGGCCCAAAGCGAGACAUUGAUGGGAUGGGAGCUGCAGAGAUUAAGUAUGGGGAUUCCAUCUGCUUUAUUCAGCAUGUAGACAGUGGCCUGUGGCUGACCUACAAAUCUCAAGAUGCCAAGACAGCACGACUGGGACCUCUAAAAAGAAGGGCAAUCCUGCACCAAGAAGGCCAUAUGGAUGAUGGUGUCACAUUACAGAAGUGUCAGCAUGAAGAGUCCCAAGCUGCUAGAAUCAUUCGGAACACCACAGGCCUGUUUGGCCAGUUCAUCAGUGACCUGGAUUCUCUGACGGGGAACAACCGGACUGUGACAGCCCCCAUCGCCCUGCCUAUUGAGGAGGUAGUUCAAACCCUGCAAGACUUGAUCACUUAUUUCCAGCCUCCCGAGGAAGAACUAGAACAUGAAGACAAACAAAAUAAACUCCGCUCACUCAAAAACAGGCAGAACCUAUUCAAAGAGGAGGGAAUGCUGGCUCUGGUGCUGAACUGUAUUGACCGUCUGAAUGUAUACAGCACUGCAGCACACUUUGCUGAAUUUAUGGGGGAGAAAUCUGGACCAGCAUGGAAGGAAAUCCUGAACCUUCUCUAUGAAUUACUAGCUGCUCUAAUUCGCGGAAAUAGAAGCAACUGUGCACAAUUUUCCAAUAAUUUGGAUUGGCUUAUUAGUAAAUUGGAGCGCCUUGAAUCAUCUUCAGGAAUACUGGAGGUUCUACAUUGCAUCUUGAUUGAAAGCCCUGAGGCUUUAAAUUUAAUAGAGAAGGGACACAUACGCUCUAUAAUUUCUCUUUUGGACAAACAUGGACGAAACCACAAGGUUCUGGAUGUCCUGUGCUCUCUUUGUGUAUGUAAUGGGGUUGCAGUACGUACAAACCAGAAUCUAAUUUGUGACAACCUGCUCCCCAGGAGAGAUUUGUUGUUGCAAACUCGUUUAGUUAAUAAUGUCACCAGCAUGAGGCCAAAUAUCUUCCUGGGUGUAGCUGAGGGUUCAGCGCAAUACAAGAAGUGGUACUUUGAGAUUAUUAUAGAUCAGGUUGAUCCAUUUCUAACUCCAGAGCCAACUCACAUGCGUGUAGGUUGGGCUUCCACCUCUGGUUAUGCUCCUUAUCCUGGUGGAGGUGAAGGAUGGGGAGGCAACGGUGUAGGUGAUGAUCUUUUCUCCUAUGGCUUUGAUGGUCUCCAUUUAUGGUCUGGACGGGUACCGAGGGCCGUGGCUUCAAGUAACCAGCAUUUAUUAGCAUCUGACGACGUGGUCAGCUGUUGCCUGGAUUUGGGGGUGCCUAGUAUUUCUUUUCGUAUUAAUGGACAGCCAGUCCAAGGCAUGUUUGAGAACUUCAACACCGAAGGUCUCUUUUUCCCAGUCGUAAGCUUUUCUGCUGGAGUAAAGGUUCGAUUUCUUCUUGGUGGUCGACAUGGGGAAUUCAAGUUCUUACCCCCAGCUGGCUAUGCUCCAUGCUAUGAGGCCCUGUUGCCAAAAGAGAAGAUGAGAGUGGAGCCUGUAAAAGAGUACAAGAGAGACUAUGAAGGAGUUCGGGAUUUGUUGGGUACAACACAAUUUCUGUCCCAAGCGUCAUUCAUCCCUUGUCCCAUUGAUACCAGCCAGAUUGUUUUACCCCCUCAUCUUGAGAAGAUCCGAGACAAAUUAGCAGAAAACAUCCAUGAACUUUGGGGUAUGAAUAAAAUUGAGCUUGGUUGGAUCUACGGCAAGGUGCGAGAUGAUAAUAAACGUCAGCAUCCUUGUUUGGUAGAAUUUUCUAAGCUUCCAGAAACUGAAAAGAAUUAUAACCUGCAAAUGUCCACUGAGACUUUAAAGACUUUGCUGGCUCUUGGAUGUCUCAUUGUUCAUUCAAAUCAAACUGCUGAAGAAAAUCUGAAAAAAGUUAAACUCCCAAAAAACUAUAUGAUGUCCAAUGGCUACAAGCCUGCCCCUUUGGACCUAUCUGAUGUAAAACUGUUACCAGCCCAAGAAGUUCUAGUUGAUAAACUUGCCGAGAAUGCACACAAUGUCUGGGCAAAAGAUAGAAUCAAACAAGGAUGGACCUAUGGCAUUCAACAGGAUCUGAAGAAUAAACGAAAUCCUCGUUUGGUGCCAUAUGCUUUACUUGAUGAGCGAACUAAGAAAUCUAAUAGAGACAGUUUACGAGAAGCUGUCAGAACAUUUAUUGGAUAUGGCUAUAAUAUCGAGCCACCAGACCAAGAAAUCACUGACCAAAUGAUGGAACGAGUCGGCAUAGAUAAGAUACGCUUCUUUAGGUUGGAACAGACCUAUGCUGUGAAGUCAGGAAAGUGGUAUUUUGAGUUUGAGGUGGUGACCGGAGGUGAUAUGCGUGUAGGCUGGGCCAGGCCCAGUUGUAGACCUGACAUUGAACUUGGAGCAGACGAUCGGGCAUUUGUAUUUGAGGGAAGCAGAGGACAGUGUUGGAACAUGGGAAGCUCAUUCUUUGGUCGAAACUGGCAGCCCGGAGAUGUUGUAGGAUCCAUGAUUAACUUGGAAGAUAAAUCAAUGAUUUUCACGUUAAAUGGAGAACUUCUAAUCACAAAUCAGGGGUCAGAGCUAGCAUUUGCUGACUUUGAAAUAGAGAAUGGUUUUGUCCCUGUCUGCUCCCUUGGGUUGUCUCAGAUUGGUCGCUUGAAUUUUGGUAAAGAUGCCAGCACGUUCAAAUACUACACAAUGUGCGGCCUACAGGAGGGCUUCCAACCGUUUGCUGUCAACAUGAACAGAGAUGUAGCCAUGUGGUUCAGUAAGCGCUUACCAACCUUUGUCAACGUGCCAAAAAAUCAUCCUCACAUUGAGGUGACAAGGAAAGAUGGAACUGUAGAAGCCCCUCCAUGCUUAAAGGUGACACAUAAAACCUUUGGCACCCAGAAUAGCAAUGAAGAUAUGAUAUACUGCAGGCUGAGUAUGCCUGUGGAGUUCCACUCCGCCUUCAGCAAUGAGGAGAACUUCCAGAAGAGAAACGCCCUUCAAGAAGUUUCUCACACAACUACAUUGUAUUACUACUCUGUCCGGAUAUUUGCUGGACAAGACCCGUCAUCAGUAUGGGUAGGAUGGGUGACUCCCGACUACCACGUCUAUAGUAAACAUUUUGACUUAAGCAAGAACUGCACUGUGACUGUCACUUUAGGAGAUGAGAGGGGCAGAGUGCAUGAAAGUGUUAAACGAAGCAAUUGUUACAUGGUUUGGGGAGGUGACCUCUCUACUGGCUCACAGCGGUCGGGCCGCAGCAAUGUAGAUACUGAUAUUGGGUGCCUUAUUGAUCUGGCCACAGGACUUGUCUCCUUCACAGCCAAUGGAAAAGAUCUGGGGACCUGCUACCAGGUUGAACCAAACACCAAGCUGUUCCCAGCAGUUUUUCUGCAGCCAACGAGCACUAAUCUCUUCCAGUUUGAGCUUGGGAAAUUAAAGAACACCAUGCCACUUUCAGCUGCUAUAUUUAAAAGUGAAGAGAAAAACCAUGUGCCCCAGUGCCCCCCUCGUUUGGAUGUACAGACUAUCACACCCGUUCUCUGGAGCCGUAUGCCAAAUAAUUUCCUAAAGGUAGAAACAGAACGUGUCAGUGAGCGUCAUGGCUGGGUGGUGCAGUGCUUGGAACCCUUGCAGAUGAUGGCAUUGCAUAUACCUGAGGAGAGCAGGUGUAUCGACAUCUUAGAACUUUCCGAGCAGGAAGACCUCAUGAAAUUUCACUCUCACACCCUGAAGUUGUAUUGUGCUGUUUGUGCUCUGGGCAACAAUCGUGUCGCCCAUGCCUUGUGCAGCCACGUGGAUCAAUCCCAACUUCUAUAUACUAUUGAUAACCAAUACCUACCUGGCCUUUUAAGAUCAGGUUUUUAUAACCUUCUUAUCAGUAUCUACCUGGAGUCUGCCAAGGAGGGAAAGCUGACGAUGAACAAUGAGUUUAUAAUACCAAUCACUGAUGAUACAAGGCAAAUCGAACUGUUUCCUGAUGAAUCAAAAAGGCAUGGUUUACCUGGGGUCGGUUAUAGUACCUGCCUGAGAUCUGACCUUCACUUCACAGUACCUUGCUUUAUAUUGACUGGAGAAGACCGCCAGCAACAUGGUCCAGAGAUUCCUAUUGACAUUCUCAAAACCAAAGCAAUUAGCAUGCUGACCGAGGCAGUGCAAAGCAGUGGAGACCACAUCCGAGAUCCUGUGGGGGGCAAAGUAGAGUUCCAGUUUGUGCCAGUGCUAAAGCUCAUUGCCACUCUUCUUAUAAUGGGAGUUUUUGAGGAUGAGGAUGUCCGUCAAAUUCUGCUGCUUAUUGAUCCUAAUGUUUUUGGUGACCACAAAGAAGAGGAUGGAGAAGACAGCUGUGAGAAGGAGGAAGUGGCACAAGAUGAGGAAAAAGCUGUGGAGGCUGGAGAGAAAGCAACAAGAGAAGCUAAGGCCCCUGUGAAAGGUCUUCUGCAGACUCGACUACCGGAAUCUGUCAAACUUCAGAUGUGCGAGCUACUUCAUUACUUCUGUGACUGUGAGCUGAAGCAUCGUGUGGAGUCCAUUGUCUCCUUCUCUGAUAACUUUGUGUCGAAGCUUCAGUGCAAUCAGAAGUUCCGCUACAAUGAAUUGAUGCAAGCACUGAACAUGUCUGCUGCCCUGACGGCCAAGAAAACCAGGGAGUUCCGCUCUCCUCCACAGGAACAGAUUAACAUGCUUCUGAAUUUCCAACUACAUGAAGACAGUCCUUGUCCUGAAGAGAUACGGGAUGAAUUAUAUGAGUUCCACGAAGACCUCCUAAUGCACUGUGGCAUUCCACUCGAAGAGGAAGAAGAGGAAGAGGAUGAUGCAUCAUGGACAGGUCGUCUUCGAUCACUUGUGUGCAAGAUCAAAGGGCGGCCAAAGACUGAAGAGCAGGAUCCAGCAGAAGUGGAGGAGAAAUCGCCUACCACACUUAAAGAACUCAUCUCACAAACUAUGGUGAGAUGGGCUCAAGAGGACCACAUUCAAGAUCCUGAGCUUGUGCGUAUAAUGUUCAGCCUCCUGCGCCGGCAAUACGACAGCAUUGGAGAGUUGUUACAGGCCAUGAGGAAAACCUACACAAUCAGCGCAGCCUCUGUGGAAGAUACUAUAAACCUUUUGGCCUCUCUGGGACAGAUACGCUCACUGUUGAGUGUGAGAAUGGGCAAAGAAGAGGAGAUGCUCAUGAUUGAUGGAUUGGGUGAUAUCAUGAACAACAAAGUCUUCUAUCAGCAUCCUAACUUAAUGCGAGUUCUAGGCAUGCAUGAAACUGUUAUGGAAGUCAUGGUAAAUGUACUGGGAGGAGACAAAUCUCAGCAAAUUACUUUCCCCAAGAUGGUGGCGAGUUGCUGCAGGUUUCUCUGCUAUUUCUGCAGAAUUAGUCGGCAAAAUCAAAAGGCCAUGUUUGAGCAUCUUGGCUACUUGCUGGAGAACAGCAGUGUUGGUCUGGCAUCUCCGUCUAUGAGAGGCUCUACACCUCUAGAUGUCGCUGCCGCCUCUGUGAUGGAUAACAACGAACUUGCUUUGGCGUUGCAGGAACCAGAUUUGGAGAAGGUUGUGACAUACUUGGCAGGUUGUGGGCUGCAGAGUUGUCCAAUGUUAAUUGCCAAAGGAUACCCAGACAUUGGAUGGAAUCCCAUUGAGGGCGAACGCUACCUCUCAUUCCUGCGGUUUGCAGUCUUUGUGAACUGCGAGAGUGUUGAAGAAAACGCCAGUGUGGUGGUGAAGCUUCUCAUCCGACGCCCAGAGUGUUUUGGACCUUCCCUGAGAGGAGAGGGGGGAAAUGGUUUGCUGGCGGCAAUGCAGGAGGCUAUUAACAUCUCUGAAAACCCAGCUCUGGACCUGCCUUCUCAGGGGUAUCAGAGGGAAGUGGUCGAGGAAGAUGAAGAAGAAGAAGAGAUUGUACACAUGGGAAAUGCUAUAAUGUCCUUUUAUUCUGCCCUGAUUGACCUUCUGGGACGCUGUGCACCAGAACCACAUCUGAUCCAAGCUGGUAAAGGUGAAGCUAUACGAAUUCGCUCCAUCCUCCGAUCCUUGGUGCCCACAGAAGAUCUUGUUGGGAUUAUUAGCAUCCCAUUAAAACUGCCCGCAUUUAACAAAGAUGGCACAGUAUUUGAACCGGAUAUGGCAGCCAGCUUCUGCCCUGAUCACAAAGCCCCUAUGGUACUUUUCCUGGACCGUGUCUAUGGUAUUAAGGACCAAAGCUUCCUCCUUCAUUUACUGGAGGUGGCCUUCUUACCUGAUCUGAGAGCAUCAGCAUCUCUCGACACAGCUUCCCUGAGUGUCACAGAGAUGGCUCUUGCCUUGAAUCGAUAUAUUUGCUCAGCGGUACUCCCAUUGCUCACCCGCUGUGCUCCUCUCUUUUCGGGCACCGAGCACUAUGCAGCAUUAAUUGAUUCUACCCUGCAUACAAUAUAUAGACUGUCCAAGGGGCGUUCUCUAACCAAAGCUCAGAGAGACACCAUUGAAGAAUGUCUGCUUUCAAUAUGCCAUCAUAUGCGGCCUUCCAUGCUUCAGCAGCUCCUGCGGCGUCUGGUUUUUGAUGUCCCAUUGCUCAACGAAUACUGUAAAAUGCCUCUGAAGCUCCUGACAAACCAUUAUGAGCUGAGCUGGAAAUAUUACUGCCUUCCUUCUGGAUGGGGGAGCUUUGGUUUGGCCUCAGAGGAGGAAUUGCACUUGACAGAGAAGCUGUUCUGGGGGAUUUUUGACUCCCUUUCUCAUAAGAAGUAUGAGGCUGAGCUCUUCAGAAUGUCCUUGCCAUGUCUCAGUGCAAUCGCUGGUGCUUUGCCUCCUGAUUAUGUUGACACAAGAAUUAAAGCAACACCUGAGAAGCAGAUGUCAGUAGACACCGAAGGAAAUUUUGACCCAAAGCCCAUCAAUACAGUUCAUCUGACAUUACCUGAGAAGCUGGAAUAUAUUGUCAAUAAGAACGCCGAGCACUUACAUGAUAAAUGGGCCUAUGACAAGCUACAUAGUGGUUGGAAGUAUGGAGCAUCACUUGAUGAAAAUACUAAGACACAUCCUCUACUGAGACCCUUCAAGACUCUGUCUGAAAAGGAGAAAGAAAUUUACCGCUGGCCAGUAAGGGAGUCUGUGAAAACUAUGUUGGCAAUGGGAUGGAGCGUGGAAAGGACUAAAGAAGGAGAAGCUUUAGCACUUCAUCGUGAAAAUGAAAAGAUGCGCAGCAUUUCCCAGACUAACCAGGGAAAUGGUUAUAGUCCCACACCAAUUGAUCUGAGCAAUGUUGUCCUUUCCAGAGAGCUCCAGGGAAUGGUAGAAAUGAUGGCAGAAAACUACCACAACAUUUGGGCUAAGAAGAAGAAGAUGGAGCUGGAAGCUAAAAGUGCAGGCAGUCACCCCCUAUUGGUGCCUUAUGACACAUUAACAGCAAAAGAAAAAGGUCGGGAUCGUGAGAAAGCUCAAGAACUCUUCAAAUUCUUACAAGUAAAUGGUUAUGCUAUAUCCAGGGGAUUAAAAGAUAUGGAACUAGAUGCAUCUUCUAUGGAGAAAAGAUUUGCCUUUAAAUUUCUGAAGAAAGUCCUACAUUAUGUAGAUUCGGCGCAGGAAUUUAUUGCACAUUUAGAAGCUGUUUUGGGCAGUGGUAAAUCAGAGAAGUCGCCACAUGAGCAGGAAAUCAAAUUUUUUGCUAAAGUUCUCUUACCUCUCGUUGACCAGUACUUUAAGAAUCACUGUCUGUACUUUCUGUCCUCCCCAAUCAAAACUCUGAGCAGUAGCGGUUAUGCAUCUAACAAAGAGAAAGAGAUGGUGGCAAAUCUGUUCUGCAAACUGGCAGCUCUUGUAAGACAUAGGAUAUCACUGUUUGGAAGUGACUCUGCCACCAUGGUGAGCUGUCUGCACAUUCUGGCUCAGACACUCGACACACGCACAGUGAUGAAGUCUGGUUCUGAGUUGGUAAAAGCUGGAGUUAGAGCUUUCUUUGAAAAUGCUGCUGAAGAUUUAGAAAAGACCUUGGAAAACUUAAAGCUUGGAAAAUUCACUCAUUCAAGAACUCAGAUGAAGGGUGUCUCCCAGAACAUUAACUACACCACAGUGGCUCUCCUUCCAAUCCUGACCUCCAUUUUUGAACAUGUGGCACGUCACCAGUUUGGUGUGGAUUUGCUAUUGGAUGACGUUCAAGUUUCCUGUUACCGGAUCCUCUGCAGUCUGUACUCCCUUGGGACAGGAAAGAAAACAUCUAUGAAGUCGCAGCGGACCAGCCUUGGAGAAUGUCUGGCAGCGCUGGCCGGAGCCAUACCUGUAGCUUUUCUUGAGCCAUCACUAAACCACAACAACCCUCUCUCAGUUUUUAACACCAAAUCACCUAGAGAGAGAGCCAUUCUAGGUAUGCCAGACACAGUUGAAGAGAUGUGUCCAGAAAUGCCUCAUUUGGAAGGUUUAAUGAAGGAAAUUAAUGAUCUGGCUGAGUCUGGAGCCAGGUAUACGGAGAUGCCACAUGUUAUUGAAGUGGUGCUGCCAAUGUUAUGCAACUAUCUUUCCUACUGGUGGGAGCGGGGAACAGAAAAUAUACCGGAAAACACCAGGCCGUGCUGUACUCAAGUGACUUCAGAACAUCUAAGUGUCAUCUUGGGCAACAUCCUGAAAAUAAUUAACAACAAUCUGGGAAUAGAUGAAGCUUCCUGGAUGAAGAGAAUUGCAGUGUAUGCUCAGCCAAUUAUCAGCAAGGCUCAGCCGGACCUCCUGAAGAGCCAUUUCAUCCCCACGCUGGAGAAAUUGAAGAAAAAAGCAAUAAAGAUUGUGCAAGAGGAGGAGCUGAUGAAGGCAGACAGCAAGGCUGACACCCAGGAGGCAGAGCUGCUGAUUCUGGAUGAGUUUGCCGUGUUAUGCAGAGAUCUCUAUGCCUUCUACCCAAUGUUGAUCCGAUAUGUAGAUAACAACAGAUCUAAUUGGCUCAAAAAACCAGAUAUAGACUCUGAUGAGCUGUUCAGAAUGGUGGCUGAAGUGUUCAUUCUUUGGUGCAAAUCACAUAACUUUAAGAGAGAAGAACAGAAUUUUGUGAUUCAAAAUGAAAUCAACAAUCUGGCAUUUCUAACUGGAAACAACAAGAGUAAGAUGUCAAAACCCAUACAAGUAAAGUCUGGAGGGCAAGAUCAGGAGCGGAAGAGAACCAAGCGCAGAGGGGACCUUUACUCCAUACAGACUUCCCUCAUUGUAGCUGCCCUGAAGAAGAUGUUACCCAUUGGUCUGAACAUGUGCACACCGGGGGACCAGGAACUGAUCUCACUGGCAAAGAGCAGAUACAGUCUUAGAGAUACAGAUGACGAAGUUAAAGAACAGCUGCGCAAUAAUCUUCAUUUGCAGGAGAAAUCCGAAGACCCUGCAGUGAAAUGGCAGCUCAAUCUCUACAAGGAUAUACUGAAAAGUGAGGACGGGGAUUCUGAGAAAACUGUGGAACGUGUGCAGAAAAUCUCUGCAGCAGUCUUCCAUCUUGAGCAGGUGGAGCAGCCCUUGAGGUCUAAGAAGGCUGUGUGGCACAAGCUGCUGUCGAAACAGAGGAAAAGGGCUGUGGUGGCGUGCUUUCGCAUGGCUCCUUUGUAUAAUCUGCCAAGGCACCGUUCUAUUAACCUCUUCCUCCAUGGUUAUCAGAAAUUAUGGAUAGAAACAGAGGAAAAUUCCUUUGAGGAGAAACUAAUUCAAGAUUUGGCUAAUCCUAAGAAGAAUGAAGAAGAGGAAGAGGAGGAGACUGAGAAAAAGCCUGAUCCUCUUCAUCAGAUUAUUUUACACUUCAGUCGCAAUGCCCUCACUGAGAGGAGCAAGCUUGAGGAUGACCCCUUGUAUACAGCAUAUGCAGCUAUGAUGGCUAAGAGCUGCCAAAAUGAAGAGGAAGAUGAGGAAAAAGAGAAGACAUUUGAGGAGAAAGAAAUGGAAAAGCAAAAGACCUUGUAUCAGCAGGCCCGUCUACAUGAAAGGGGGGCUGCUGAGAUGGUUUUGCAGAUGAUCAGUGCAAGUAAAGGUGAAAUGAGCCCUAUGGUUGUAGAGACACUGAAGCUUGGAAUAUCAGUUCUGAAUGGUGGAAAUACUGUUGUGCAGCAGAAAAUGUUAGAUUACCUAAAAGAAAAAAAGGAUGCUGGAUUUUUCCAGAGCUUGUCCGGCUUAAUGAUGUCAUGCAGCGUUCUUGAUUUGAAUGCAUUUGAAAGACAGAACAAAGCAGAAGGCCUUGGAAUGGUCACAGAAGAAGGAACAUUAAUUGUCCGGGAACGAGGUGAAAAAGUUUUACAGAAUGAUGAAUUUACAAGAGACCUCUUCAGGUUCCUGCAGCUUCUAUGUGAAGGACACAACAACGACUUUCAGAACUUCCUGAGGACUCAAAUGGGGAAUACGACAACAGUGAAUAUUAUCAUUAGCACGGUGGAUUACCUUCUACGCCUGCAGGAAUCUAUCAGUGACUUCUACUGGUACUACUCAGGGAAGGAGGUGAUUGAUGAAUCUGGGCAGCACAACUUUUCAAAGUCUCUUGCUGUGACCAAACAAAUAUUUAAUUCGCUCACAGAAUACAUUCAGGGUCCCUGCAUAGGUAACCAGCAGAGUUUGGCACACAGCAGGCUGUGGGAUGCAGUGGUUGGUUUCCUCCAUGUUUUUGCAAACAUGCAGAUGAAGCUGUCACAGGAUUCCAGUCAGAUUGAACUCCUUAAAGAACUUCUUGAUCUUCUUCAAGACAUGGUGGUGAUGCUGCUUUCCCUUCUAGAAGGGAAUGUCGUGAAUGGGACUAUUGGAAAACAAAUGGUUGACACUCUUGUGGAGUCAUCUAGUAAUGUUGAAAUGAUACUGAAGUUCUUCGAUAUGUUCCUCAAGUUGAAAGAUCUAACCAGCUCUGAUGCUUUUAAGGAAUAUGACCCUGAAGGAAAGGGUAUAAUUUCAAAAAAAGAAUUCCAAAAAGCCAUGGAGGGGCAAAAACAAUAUGCUCAAUCAGAAAUUGAAUUUCUUCUCUCCUGUGCAGAAGCGGAUGAAAAUGAUAUGUUUAACUAUGUAGAGUUUGUAGACCGAUUCCAUGAACCAGCUAAAGACAUUGGAUUCAAUGUGGCUGUCUUGUUGACCAAUCUCUCAGAGCACAUGCCAAAUGACUCUCGGCUCCAAUGUUUGCUAGACCCUGCAAACAGUGUUCUGAAUUACUUUUCUCCAUACUUGGGACGUAUUGAGAUAAUGGGUGGAGCAAAACGAAUAGAGAGAGUGUAUUUUGAGAUCAGUGAAUCAAGCCGAACACAGUGGGAGAAACCACAGGUCAAGGAGUCCAAAAGACAAUUUAUAUUUGAUGUGGUCAAUGAAGGUGGGGAACAGGAAAAAAUGGAACUAUUUGUUAAUUUCUGUGAGGAUACAAUUUUUGAGAUGCAGUUGGCAUCUCAGAUUUCCGAGUCAGAUGCAGCUGACAGACCUGAAGAAGAGGAAGAAGAGGAACCUCACCAUAUGAUUGAAGUUGGUGAAGAGGAUGAAGAGGAGAAGUCUCUAGAAUCAUCAUCUGCUUUUAUUGUUGCAUGUACAGCACUUAGGAAAAAUAUGUCCAACUUCUUCAAGAUGUUAACCUUAAAGAACAUUGGUAAACAGUUUCGGAAAGUGAAAAAGAUGACUCUCAAAGAAUUAGUCAAAGUCUUCUUUUCUUUUUUUUGGACACUGUUCGUUGGUUUAUUCCAAUUUGUGUUUACAAUAGUAUGGGGAAUAUUUCAGAUUCUUUGGGGCACAGUGUUUGGAGGUGGCUUAGUUGAAGGGGCCAAGAAUAUUAAAGUAACCAAAAUAUUAGGAGAUAUGCCUGAUCCCACACAAUUUGGAAUCCACGACGAUGUCUUGGAAGCUGAAAAAGCAGAUUCACCUGAAAAUGCCUCAUCUACAGAGCUUGCACAUCUUGUUAAAGGAGACAAAGGAGAUUUGGAUAUGCCCGAUAUUUUUGGCAUGCACACAAAAAAAGAAGGCUCUAAGCAUGGCACAGAAAUUGGUCUUGGUGAUUUCUCAGAAAUUGCAAGUUCAGAGAAUGCAAACAGUUUGGAGAGUGCUGUACAUAAGAAGAAAAAAGCUCUUGCAGCGGAAAUCGCUAAAGAAAAUGAGGACAACUCAAAAGCAGAAUCCGAGAAGGCUGACAUGGAAGAUGGUGAAAAAAAGGAUAAAGCUAAAGCUGAAGAACAGUCUGAAUUUUUGGAAAGUAAAGAGGGGCCAAAGAGGAGGAGGAGACGAGGCCAGAAGAAAGAGGAGCCUGAAGCAUUUAUGGCUAAUUUCUUGGCAGGACUGGAGAUUAAUCAGACCAAAAUGCUGAAUUACCUGGCCAGAAAUUUCUACAAUCUACGAUUCCUCGCUCUGUUUGUGGCAUUUGCCAUUAACUUUAUUCUAUUGUUCUACAAGGUCACAGAGGAACCCGCCUCAACUGAAGACACUGAUCAUGAUUCCAACAUAUGGAACACGUACCAAGAAGAUGAGGAAGACGCAGAAGAAGGAGCUGUUUAUUUUGUCCUGCAAGAAAACACAGGCUAUAUGGCUCCAACAUUACGCAUCUUGGCUAUUAUUCACACCAUCAUCUCUUUCCUCUGUGUUAUUGGAUACUACUGUCUUAAGGUUCCUCUUGUGGUAUUUAAACGAGAGAAGGAAAUUGCUCGCAAUGUGGAGUUUGACGGUCUGUAUAUUACAGAGCAACCCUCAGAUGAUGACAUCAAAGGGCAGUGGGAUCGUCUUGUUAUAAAUACUCCGUCUUUUCCUAAUAAUUACUGGGAUAAAUUUGUUAAGAGGAAGGUUAUCAAUAAAUAUGGAGACUUAUAUGGAGCUGACAGAAUUGCUGAACUCCUGGGACUUGACAAAAAUGCCUUGGACUUCAGCCCAGUGGAAAAGACCAAAACAGAAGAGGGAUCCCUUGUAUCAUGGUUGAGUUCCAUUGAUAUGAAGUAUCACAUCUGGAAGCUUGGAGUGGUAUUUACUGACAACUCCUUCCUUUACCUCGCUUGGUACACUACCAUGUCAAUUCUUGGACAUUAUAACAAUUUUUUCUUUGCCGCUCACCUCCUGGAUAUUGCAAUGGGCUUUAAGACACUGCGGACAAUUCUAUCAUCGGUGACCCACAAUGGAAAACAAUUGGUGUUAACUGUUGGUCUCCUGGCGGUUGUUGUCUAUCUUUAUACGGUUGUGGCUUUCAACUUUUUCCGAAAGUUUUACAACAAGAGUGAGGAUGAAGAUGAUCCGGAUAUGAAGUGUGAUGAUAUGAUGACGUGUUAUCUGUUCCACAUGUAUGUGGGGGUGAGAGCUGGAGGUGGCAUUGGAGAUGAGAUUGAGGACCCUGCCGGUGACCCUUAUGAGAUGUAUCGCAUUGUGUUUGACAUCACCUUCUUCUUCUUUGUUAUUGUCAUUCUCCUUGCCAUUAUUCAAGGUUUGAUCAUUGAUGCUUUUGGAGAACUGAGAGAUCAACAAGAACAAGUCAGAGAAGAUAUGGAGACAAAAUGCUUCAUUUGUGGGAUUGGAAAUGAUUACUUUGAUACAACGCCGCAUGGCUUUGAAACACAUACUUUACAAGAACACAACCUGGCUAACUAUUUGUUCUUCCUUAUGUAUAUCAUUAAUAAGGAUGAGACAGAACACACUGGACAGGAAUCUUAUGUCUGGAAGAUGUAUCAAGAGAGGUGUUGGGACUUCUUCCCAGCUGGUGACUGUUUCCGCAAGCAAUAUGAAGACCUGCUUGGAUAAAAGCCUGGCAUUAACCCAUGAGCCAGAUUCACUGGGCAUGUACCGAACCUGGAACAAAAAUCACCCAGUGGGACACAUUUACUUGAAGACCAGCUCUGCCCAACCAAGACCUCAAUCUAUUCAUUUGGAUUCAUGUCAUUUCCUUAAAACCAAUGACUCAUACAACAAACACAGGUCUAUAGCAAAUGUGCAAUGAUAUACCAGAUAUCUAGAACUAAAAGGUAAUAACCACCACAGUACAUCAAUAAACGCUCAAUCAGCCAUAGUGCAUUUGUUGAGUUACUAAAAAAUGUAAUGAAAAUAAAAGUCAAUGUUAUAUAGAAUCUAGCAGAUAGCACUUACAUUCAAAAAGUUUACAACUCAACCAACGGUAUUCAGCCUGAUUGCAACCAUCCCAGCAUCUCUUGAUUUUCACACUAAUGGGCAAACAUUUUUUUACUGAAAUGCCACACAUCUGGCUGCCCGAGAAUAAAAGGGCUAACUGAUACACAUCUAGUGCACAAUGAUUAUCUUCACAGCAACUGCUCGGUUCUCUCUGCAGCAGUGAAAUUCAGAGCUUGACCCCACACAACCUGACAGACGCAUUCGUUCUGUAGAAUGGGACAUUGUGUCUGGAGAAGCAUGCAGUUUUAAUUCGUUUUUUGGGGGGGAUUUUUUCAACUUUGAUAUUGAGGCUUUUGAUUAUGUCACAAAUCUGAUGCUAGUCACAGACGCCAAGUCAGUUUGCUGCGCUGUGUUUCGGGGAAUGUUUGUGUUCUGGAGCCUGAAAGAAUUAAACUGGACAUAAACAGGUUGAAACCAUCUUAGCCUUUGGUGAUACAGGUGAGCUUCUGGGUACAUCUGGUGCUCAGAGCUUUACGUUUACUUUUGUAAGAUAGUCUAGUCUAUGAAAGGUAAAAGUAUUUAGCUUUAUUUUGUGAAACUUCAGGCAGUUGAAGGUAAAGUUAGUAGGGGAAAAGUUAAUUCUUAACACUUUUUCGACCCUGAACUUAAUCGAUGAAGUGCCUUAACCGUCUGUAGACGUAGCUAUGCAAGAUAUUCUUUCCAUGCUAGGAUUAGAUCAAAAGUUGUGCUGUUCUUUGUUUUACUGUACGAAAUGAGAAACUGCAUUCAGUUGCUAUUUAGUUUUUCUUUCAAUGACAGUUUGCUGUUAUUUGAAGAAACUGGAAUGUAUCUUAAAUUAUAUUCUCUUAAAUAGAAAUCUUAUGCCAAAUUCAAAGCACUGCUUUCUGGUCAUUGGUAAGUGCUGUAGUGAAGCUGCUAACUUUAUGCAUUUUUCUUCAAAUUCAAUAAAGUGCCCAUCGCAAUAAAUAAAUGAUAAACCGGCUGAACUGUUUGUCUUACU